UUUAGGUGUUUACAUCACGGAACAUCUGGGCAGCGUGAUAAGUGGCGCAGCAUCACCCACAUAACAGGGGCUGGAUCACUUACUGUAUACCAGUUUGCCACAGAGAGUCAGGGAUACUUCUCAAAGGUCUCACUCUCUCUUUCUCACGGCUUUUAACAUCUCACCCCAUCAGACAUCCAUGACUACAUCCAGCUCUGUAAGAAAGCGCCAUAAGGGCAGUUCCAAUGGAGCCGGGGCAGGUGUAGGAAACAAAGGAGCAAAGGAGCCGGCGCAAUGGGGAAGAGCGUGGGAGGUGGAUUGGUUCUCCCUGACAAGCGUGAUCCUGCUGCUAUGUCUGGCCCCCUUCAUCGUCUUCUUCUUCAUCAUGGCAUGCGAUCAGUACCAGUGCUCCAUCACCCAUCCAUUACUGGACCUUUACAAUGGCGACACCACCCUGUUGACUAUCUGGAAUCGAGCCCCAUCCUUCUCAUGGGCCUCUGCCAAGAUCUACGCCUCCUGGGUCACUUUUCAGGUUGUGUUGUACAUGUGCAUUCCAGAUAUUCUGCACAAGAUCUUGCCAGGCUAUGUGGGAGGAGUUCAGGAUGGUGCUCGAACACCGGCAGGUCUAAUUAAUAAAUAUGAGGUCAACGGUUUACAGUGCUGGAUAAUAACUCAUGUUUUGUGGGUGGCCAAUGCACGAUACUUUCACUGGUUUUCUCCAACCAUCAUCAUCGACAACUGGAUCCCUUUAUUGUGGUGCACUAACAUCCUUGGCUACAUCGUGUCCACUUUCGCUUUCAUCAAAGCUUAUCUGUUUCCCACCAAUCCAGAGGACUGUAAAUUCACAGGCAACGUCUUCUACAAUUACAUGAUGGGAAUUGAGUUUAACCCACGUAUAGGAAAAUGGUUCGACUUUAAGCUUUUCUUCAACGGACGGCCGGGUAUCGUAGCGUGGACUCUUAUCAACCUGUCCUAUGCUGCUAAACAGCAGGAGCUGUACGGUUACGUGACAAACUCCAUGAUCCUGGUCAAUGUUUUGCAAGCCAUCUAUGUGUUGGACUUUUUCUGGAAUGAAGCCUGGUACCUUAAAACUAUUGACAUCUGCCAUGAUCACUUUGGCUGGUACCUGGGCUGGGGAGACUGCGUUUGGCUUCCUUACCUUUACACAUUACAGGGCCUUUACCUGGUCUACAACCCCAUCCAGCUUUCCACACCCCACGCUGCAGGUGUCCUCAUCCUGGGUCUGCUGGGAUACUACAUCUUCCGUGCAACCAACCAUCAGAAAGACCUUUUCCGUCGCACGGAUGGCAACUGCAAAAUCUGGGGUAAGAAGCCCACCUUCAUCGAGUGCUCCUACCGGUCGGCCGAUAGCGGCAUUCACAAAAGCAAGCUGAUGACCUCGGGCUUCUGGGGGAUGGCACGUCACAUGAACUACACGGGCGACCUGAUGGGCUCGCUGGCGUACUGCAUGGCCUGCGGCGGCGAGCACAUCUUGCCGUAUUUUUACAUCGUCUACAUGACCAUCCUGCUGGUACAUCGCUGUAUCCGUGAUGAGCAUCGCUGCAGUAACAAAUACAGCAAGGACUGGGACCGCUACACUGCCGCGGUGCCUUACCGUCUGCUGCCCGGCAUCUUCUAAGCAAGCGGCUUCUCCUACAUCCCAGAAUGAUGUUCACAGCCACCCACAUCAAAGCCAUUUAUUUCACGUGACUGCUCGUACAAAUUCAUUUUUAAUAUUUUAUGGAAGAUUGUCUUUCAGGUAGUUUGUGGACUUGCUGUAUGAAUGAAUGGAAGGUUUUACAAAGAUUAGUUUGUGCUUGUUCAUGUGUGAAUGAAGCGUGUAUGUGGAACUAUCAUUACAAGAUUAUUAAGGUGAUGCAUUUUUUAAAGAAAUGCUCAAGAUACUGUGAACAACUAAAAUAUUUCAUCAUUCUUGUUAAGUUGUUUCUCUAUUUUUCUUUUCAAUAUGGAGGAAAACUCACUGUAGCCUAACUGUACAGCUUCAAAGAAAAAAGGAUUUAGGUCCAAAAAUAUUUACACUACUAGUACUAAGCUUUAUAUUAUUUUCCAUAUCAACAUAACUUUUCAAAUAAAGAGAUCUUUGUCUUUA